AUGGCUACGAAAUAUACCGCGGAUCAAAUCAUACAAUGUCCUGAUAAAGAAGCUUUAGGAUGCAAUCGAACUAUCGCCAAUGCCUUCAACGCUGGCUUGGCAUUGAAUUAUAGUCAUCCGGGCGCCCAAAUGUACAUCAAUAGCGUGGUCGAUGGCCUCUACAGAUGGGGCGUCAGCUUUGUGAAACUGGACGGAAUCGUGCCUGGCUCCUCAGUCGACCCACCCGAAUGGUGGAAAUACAACGCGACAGCCGACCUGAUGGCCUGGAGGAAGGCAAUCAAUGAUUUGUACGAGCAAAAAUGGCAGAAACAAGGCCGAGAACGGAUUUGGUUGGGGGCUAGUUGGAAAAUCCCAACCAGUGCCGGUUCCACCAUGGAAAAAUACGUGAACAGCUUCAGAAUUGAACAAGAUAUCGAGGCGUAUAGCGAAACACAGAUGACGACUUUUGACAGGGUCAUCAGGAAUGCCAAAACAGCCGCACUCUGGUCUUCUGCCGACGCGAAUCGUAAAUGGAAGGGGGCGAGGGACCUUGAUUCGAUCCUAAUAAGUGACAUAACGUUGGCAGAGUCUAGGACUAUGGUCACCCUCUGGGCACUCUUUGGCUCGGUAUUCUAUUUGGGUGAUGAUCUAACGAAAUUGCCGGAAUCUAGAAAGGCCUUGGUCAAGAACCCCGAAGUGCUCAAGCUCGCAAGCAUAGCAUCAGCAAAUCCAGCAAGAUUAGAUGGAUUUGAUCCCAGCCUUUCGCACCCUCACCCGCAAACAGCUGUUUUACAAUCAGUGAACCAGCUUGGAUCCAACUUUGCCCCAGAAGUUCAAGAAGAGUCUGCUCAGGAAUGUGAAGAACUCGCCGAAAAACGGCGGAUCGUAGUCGAGUACGGCACACAUCAAAAAGUCGAUAACUUGGAUAGCUUCUACAAGUCUUGCUUGAAAGCUCGAAAAGGCGAGAAAUUCAUUAGCCUCCAAGCGAUGUCGCUCACUGAGGGUGUAAAACAUGAUCCAUGGAGUCUCCAGUAUUGGGUAUUGGAACAGGAUCAAGGCGAGAUCUAUGUGGCAGUUGUGAAUGCUGGUCGACAAAAACGUACUGAUAGGCCGGCCAAAGUAGAGAUCAGUUUAAGCAAGCUCAAAACCCUUCAGAAUAGCCCUAGAAUCAAGCAAAUUUCUGGAAUGCAGUACACAGUGCGAGACUUAUGGAAAAAUAAAGACAUGAGAAGCGUCUCUUUCCAAGACAAAAUUGAUUCUACUCUAGAGACUCAUGGCUCAAUCUUGUUGAAUUUUAGCCCGAUCCAUCCUGCUAUCUCAAGCUCAUAA